AUGGCAAAAGGUUCGAAAAAAGGAAAUGGAGGUAAAAAAAUAAAGCAACCAGUGAAGGUAGUGAAGAAACCAUCGACAAAUGAUGCGAAGAAAACGAAGAGUAUCAAUGAUGUUCCGGAGAGCUCGGUUCUAAGCUGGUCAUCUGAGGAAGAGAAGGAUGAUGACUCUGUAGCAUCUGCGGAUGUAAAUGCUUCAAACCUUGAUAGAGCGAAUUUUGAGGCUGCGAGAAGUCGACUAGAGACAUGGAUUUCAUCAGUUAGAACUCCGGUGAGAUCACAAUCAGACAAUAUGGUGAAUCCUUCACCUCAUCCUAUGCAGCAACUGGUCAGCAAUCCAGUUGUUGAUGAUGUGGUGAUUUCGGAGGAGGAUGUGAAGGAUGAAAUUGUAUUCUGGGAAUCUGCGAUUGUAUGUUACAUUUUGGGGAUGAAGUUGCCUGUAAGGAUUGUAAAUGGCUUUGUUCGACGUGUUUGGGGGAAGUUUGGCAUUGAUAGAAUAGCCAUGGGAAUGAAUGGAGUUUUUGUAGUGCGUUUUCGAACGGUGGAGGGUAGGAAGAUGGCCAUGGAAGCUGGACCUAUUUUGUAUGAUCAUAAGCCGGUGAUCAUGAAGGAAUGGUCUGCAGAUUUAGACCUCUUGAAGGAGAAAGUGACAGUGGUGCCUACCUGGUUUCGAUUACCUGGCCUCCCACUCAAGUAUUGGGGUCAGGUGGCUCUCAAUAAGAUUGCUAGCUUGAUAGGAGGGGCAAACAUUACUGUUCCUAGGACUGAAGAUCUUGCUACAGUGAAUAAUGUUGAGCAACAAGGAGAUAAGGUUGAUAUCUCAGCUAUAGAAGAGGAAGCUGGAGGGGGGUGUGUAGAGAUGCAAGCUGAUGAACAGGAGCAAGGUGAGGGCAGGAAAUUUUCACAAGGUGUUCCCAAAUCUUGGAGUGGGUGGUAUGUUAUUACAAAUUAUCAGCAUCAUGCUGGUGGUAGAAUAUGGUUUAUUUGGAAUCCUAAUUUGUUUGUUGUGUCCAGUACAUAUAUUGGGGAUCAAGUCAUUCAUUGUGAGGUUAUUCACAAACAUUCUGGUAAACAGUUGGCUAUUUUAAUGGUGUAUGGGUUGAAUGAUGUUGAGGAGAGAGGUAGGUUGUGGAUGGAUUUGAUGCAGAUUAGUAAAAAUAUCAACGGUGCUUGGUUAGUCUUAGGUGACUUUAAUAAUGUUCUGAAUUUGGGAGAGAGAAUUGGGUCUCAAGUUACUUUGGAGGAGUUAGCUGGGUUCAGAAAUUGUGUAAGAAUGUGUAUGUUGCAGGAGCAUCCUUCCCGUGGACCUUUCUUCACUUGGUCAAACAAGCAGGAUGGAGAAAGCAGGGUGUUUUCGAGAAUUGACAGAGUACUAGCAAAUGCAGAGUGGUUUGAUAUGUUUAGGGCUGCUAAUGCAAUUAUUAUCCCUGAGGGCAUCUCAGAUCAUUGCUCUAUGGGAGUAGCAAUGUAUAAGGUGGUUAAAAAAUUGAAGAGGUUGAAACCAUGUUUGAAAGCUUUGCAUCAUGCAAAGUUUGCAAAUAUUGAGAAGGAGGCACAGGUGGCUCUUACUAGGUUGACUGACAUUCAACAGGCUAUCUACUCUCAACCUUUGGAUCCAGAUUUGCAUAAUCAAGAGAAAGUGGCUAGGAAGGAGUAUGAUAGAGUGACAAAGAGAAGACAGCAAAAUCAUGUAUAUAGGAUAAAGGAUACAUCUGGAAGUUGGAAAGAAAAUCCAGAUAUUGAAGCCUCUUUCCUUAAUUACUAUGAAAAGCUUUUAGGCUCUGAAAGUGAAGCUAAUAAUAGAGUUAGUAACUCUAUUAUUGCUGAAGGUGAAGUAAUUAGCAACCAGCAACAACAAGAUCUAUGCGCUCCCUUCACUGGUUCCGACGUGAAGGAAGCUCUCUUUGACAUUGAUGAAGGGAAAGCAGCAGGGCCAGAUGGCUACUCCAGUGGUUUUUUUAAAGAAAGUUCGCGUUGUGUGGGACAGGAGAUUAUGGAUGUUGUUCUUGACUUUUUUCAGACUGGUAAACUUCUCAAACAGAUUAAUGCAACUACACUUUGUUUAAUCCCUAAAGUUGAUCAACCUGAAGAUGUGAGUCAAUUUCGUCCCAUACCAUGCUACAAUGUUCUGUAUAAGGUAAUAUCUAAAAUGCUAUGCUCUAGAUUGAAGCUGGUAUUACCUGGGAUAGUGGACCAAGCUCAAAGUGCUUUUAUUGCUAAUAGAAGCAUCAUGCAUAAUAUCUUAAUUUGCCAAGAUAUCUUGAGUCACUAUAAAAGGAAAAGUGAACCAUCUAGAUGCACACUGAAGAUAGACCUUAAGAAGGCCUAUGAUUCUGUAAGCUGGGCCUUCUCAGGUGAGCUUCUUACCAAGUUAAAGUUUCCUGAGACAUUUAGGAGAUGGAUCAUGACUUGUGUCACUAGUCCUUCAUACUCCAUUAGUAUAAAUAGUGGAUUGUGUGGGUUUUUUAAGGGCAAGAAGGGGUUAAGACAGGGGGAUCCACUCUCUCCUCUUUUGUUUGUGGUGAUUAUGGAGUACUACACUAGAAUUAUGAAGAAGAUGAGUAGUAAACCUGGGUUUGGGUAUCAUGUUAGAUGUAAAAAUCUCAAGCUUACCCACCUUAUUUUUGCUGAUGAUUUAAUGCUCUUGUGUAAAGGAGAGGUUAAAUCUGUUGUGCUAAUGAUGAGGGCACUUAACUAUUUUUCUCAAGCUUCUGGGUUGAAAGCUAGUCAUGAGAAGUCAGCUAUCUAUUUUGGGAACAUCAGUGAAGAAGUUCAAACCAGACUGUUGCAAGUAACUGGCUUUAAGAAGGGUAGUUUUCCCUUCAGAUAUUUAGGGGUUCCUAUAACCUCUAAACGAGUAACUACUGCUGAUUGUGAUAUCCUAGUUGAUAGGAUUCUACAUAGGUUACUUUGCUGGACAUCUAGGCACUUAUCCUAUGCUGGAAGGAAUGUGCUGGUGAAUUCAGUGCUACUUAGCCUCCACAUUUACUGGGCUCAAGUCUUCAUAAUUCCAAAAGGGGUGAUGCAGAAGAUUAUGCAACUUUGUAGAGCUUUCUUGUGGGAGGGUAAGGCCUAUCUUACUAAGGCCCCUCUUGUCAGUUGGGACUGGGUGUGCAGACCUAACAAAAGUGGUGGGCUGGGAAUUAGGGACUGCAAACUAUGGAAUAUGGCAGCAAUUGGAAAGUACACUUGCUGGUCUUGGAAAGUAAUUUGCAAGAUGAAGGAUAAAAUGAAAGUGGCUUAUCACAAUAAUCUCUGGAUGGAUGGCAGCAGAGAAUACACUAUUAAGCAAGGCUACAAUUGGCUCAGGGGAGAUCAAGACACUGUAAGGUGGAAGCAUUGGGUCUGGAAUCCAAUCAAUAUCCCUAAACACUCAUUUAUAGCUUGGCUAACUAUGCUGGGAAGGCUAAGAACAAGAGAAAAGCUGCAGCAAGCUGGAAUUUGUCAGGAUGCAUCCUGCCUCCUAUGUCAGCAGGGGCAAGAUUCUUGUUCUCACUUAUUCUUUCAAUGCCAAUUUAGUCAAGAAGUAUGCAGGGGGAUUAUGAACUGGCUACACUUGAGAAUGUCUGCGAAUGAAAGUAUUUAUAAUCAUUGGAGAAAAUGGGGGAGAAAGUUUAGAAGCAAAGUACAACAACAAGUAGCUUAUGCUUGUUUAGCUGCUACUGUGUACCAUAUUUGGAGAGCCAGAAAUAAUGCACUUUGGGAAGCUGUUGUCUGGAGACCUGCUGUGGUGAUCAAGAAAAUUCAGCUAGAUAUAUGUAUUAGAGUGAAGAGUAAGCUUAGUCACACUUGGAAGGACAGUGACCAAUUGUGGUUUGCUGAGCUAGCUAGAUAA